GAGCAGGUGCCCGGGCGGAGGUGGCCGGGCCGCCCCCAGGGGGCGAGCGCGAGGGCGGGGGCUCCGGGCCGCCGCGCCCCCACGCCGCGGUGAGCUCUCCCGCCCGGUGCGCUCGCCGCAGCCGCCGCCGCCGCCGCGCCAGCCCCAGCGCCAGCCCCAGCGCCAGCGCCAGCCCCAGCCCCAGCCCCAGCGAGCCGGCUCUGCCCGCCCCGCCAGCCCGGGCCCUACCUGCGGCCGCCGUCGGGGGAGGGGGUCCCCCCAGCUCUGCGGAGCCGCAUGAACAAUAGGCAGCGGCGGCUCCUGCGGGCGGCGGCAGCCCCGCACCCUAUGGAUCGGCCGCUCCAUGGAGCCCUCCAGAGCGCUUCUCGGCUGCCUGGCGAGCGCCGCCGCUGCCGCCCCGCCGGGGGAGGACGGAGCGGGGGCCGCGGCCGAGGAGGAGGAGGAGGAGGAGGAGGAGGCGGCGGCGGCGGCCCCGGGGGAGCCGGGUUCCGAGGCCCCGCUGCCCUACUGGACGGCCGUGUUCGAGUACGAGGCGGCGGGCGAGGACGAGCUGACCCUGCGGCUGGGCGACGUGGUGGAGGUGCUGUCCAAGGACUCGCAGGUGUCCGGCGACGAGGGCUGGUGGACCGGGCAGCUGAACCAGCGGGUGGGCAUCUUCCCCAGCAACUACGUGACCCCGCGCAGCGCCUUCUCCGGCCGCUGCCAGCACGGCGGCGAGGACCCCAGUUGCUACCCGCCCAUCCAGUUGUUAGAGAUUGAUUUUGCGGAGCUAACCCUGGAAGAGAUUAUUGGCAUCGGGGGCUUUGGGAAGGUCUAUCGUGCUUUCUGGAUAGGGGAUGAGGUUGCCGUGAAAGCAGCUCGCCAUGACCCCGAUGAGGACAUCAGCCAGACUAUAGAGAAUGUUCGCCAGGAGGCCAAGCUCUUCGCCAUGCUGAAGCACCCCAACAUCAUUGCCCUUAGGGGGGUGUGUCUGAAGGAACCCAACCUCUGCUUGGUCAUGGAGUUUGCACGUGGAGGGCCCUUGAAUAGAGUGUUAUCUGGGAAAAGGAUUCCCCCAGACAUCCUGGUGAACUGGGCUGUGCAGAUUGCCAGAGGCAUGAACUACUUACAUGAUGAGGCAAUUGUCCCCAUCAUCCACCGCGACCUUAAGUCCAGUAACAUAUUGAUCCUCCAGAAGGUGGAGAAUGGAGACCUGAGCAACAAGAUUCUGAAGAUCACUGAUUUUGGCCUGGCUCGAGAAUGGCACCGGACCACAAAGAUGAGCGCUGCAGGGACAUAUGCUUGGAUGGCACCCGAGGUCAUUCGUGCCUCCAUGUUUUCCAAAGGCAGUGAUGUGUGGAGCUAUGGAGUGCUGCUUUGGGAACUCUUGACUGGUGAGGUGCCCUUCCGAGGAAUCGAUGGCUUAGCCGUGGCUUAUGGAGUGGCCAUGAACAAGCUCGCCCUUCCCAUUCCUUCUACAUGCCCAGAACCUUUUGCUAAACUCAUGGAAGACUGCUGGAAUCCUGACCCUCAUUCGCGACCAUCUUUCACAAAUAUCCUGGACCAGCUAACUACCAUAGAGGAGUCUGGCUUCUUUGAGAUGCCCAAGGACUCCUUCCACUGCCUGCAGGAUGACUGGAAACAUGAGAUUCAGGAGAUGUUUGACCAACUCAGGGCCAAAGAGAAGGAGCUCCGCACCUGGGAGGAGGAACUGACACGGGCCGCGCUCCAGCAGAAGACCCAGGAGGAGCUGCUGCGGCGCCGCGAGCAGGAGCUGGCUGAGCGGGAGAUCGACAUCCUGGAGCGAGAGCUCAACAUCAUCAUCCACCAGCUGUGCCAGGAGAAGCCCCGGGUGAAGAAGCGCAAGGGCAAGUUCAGGAAGAGCCGGCUGAAGCUCAAGGAUGGGAACCGCAUCAGCCUCCCUUCCGAUUUCCAGCACAAGUUCACGAUUCAGGCCUCCCCCACCAUGGAUAAAAGGAAGAGUCUCAUCAACAGCCGCUCCAGUCCUCCUGCGAGCCCCACCAUCAUUCCUCGCCUUCGAGCCAUCCAGUUGACACCAGGUGAAAGCAGCAAAACCUGGGGCCGGAGCUCAGUCAUCCCGAAAGAGGAAGGGGAGGAGGAGGAGAAGAGGGCCCCCAAGAAGAAAGGACGGACGUGGGGGCCAAGUACACUUGGUCAGAAGGAGCUUGCCUCAGGCGAUGAAGGCCUCAAGUCCCUGGUAGAUGGAUACAAACAGUGGUCGUCCAGUGCCCCCAACCUGGGGAAGGGCCCCAGGAGUAGCCCAGCACUGCCGGGGUUCACCAGCCUUAUGGAGAUAGAGGAUGAGGACAGCGAAGGCCCAAGGAGUGGGGAUUGUCGUCUACAGCAUUCACCCAACCAGUCCUACCUCUGUAUCCCAUUCCCUCGUGGAGAGGAUGGGGAGGGCCCCUCCAGCGAUGGAGUCCACGAGGAGCCCACCCCAGUCAACUCAGCCACCAGUACCCCUCAGCUGACGCCAACCAACAGCCUCAAGCGGGGCGGCACCCACCACCGCCGUUGUGAGGUGGCUCUGCUUGGCUGCGGGGCCGUUCUCGCAGCCACAGGCCUAGGGUUUGACCUGCUGGAAGCUGGCAAAUGCCAGCUGCUUCCCCCGGAGGAGCCUGAGCCACCAGCCCGGGAGGAGAAGAAGAGGCGCGAGGGUCUUUUUCAGAGGGCCAGCCGUCCUCGUCGGAGCACCAGCCCCCCAUCCCGGAAGCUCUUCAAGAAGGAGGAGCCCAUGCUGUUGCUAGGAGACCCCUCUGCCUCCCUCACGCUGCUUUCUCUCUCCUCCAUCUCUGAGUGCAACUCCACCCGCUCCCUGCUGCGUUCUGACAGCGACGAGAUCGUGGUGUACGAGAUGCCUGUCAGUCCGGUCGAGGCCCCGCCCCUGACCCCUUGCACCCACAACCCCCUGGUCAACGUCCGAGUGGAACGCUUCAAGCGAGACCCUAACCAGUCCCUGACCCCUACCCACGUCACCCUUACAGCCCCCACGCAGCCCAGCGGUCACCGGCGGACUCCCUCGGAUGGGGCCCUCAAGCCAGCGGCUCUCCUAGCCAGCAGGAGCCCCUCCAGCAAUGGGUUGAGCCCCAGCCCUGGAGCAGGAACGUUGAAAACCCCCAGCCCCAGCCGAGACCCAGGUGAAUUCCCCCGUCUGCCUGACCCCAAUGUGGUCUUUCCCCCAACCCCAAGGCGCUGGAACACACAGCAGGACUCCACCUUGGAGAGACCCAAGACCCUAGAGUUUCUGCCUCGGCCACGUCCCUCUGCCAACCGGCAACGGCUGGACCCUUGGUGGUUCGUGUCUCCCAGCCACGCCCGCAGCGCCUCCCCAGCCAACAGCUCCAGCACCGAAACGCCCAGCAACCUGGACUCGUGCUUUGCUAGCAGCAGCAGCACUGUGGAGGAACGGCCUGGACUUCCAGCCCUGCUCCCGUUCCAGGCAGGACCGCUGCCCCCUGCCGAGCGGACGCUUCUGGAUCUGGACGCAGAAGGCCAGAGUCAGGACAGCACUGUUCCGCUGUGCAGAGCUGAACUGAACACACACAGGCCUGCCCCUUAUGAGAUUCAGCAAGAGUUCUGGUCCUAGCGUGAAAAGGGUCGGGGGCGGGCAAGGGGGAAAGCAGGAGGAGAUAGGGGGAGCUGGCUGGCACAGCCCUUUCUCAGAGUUGGACCCCCUGAAAUCCAGCCCUACUUCUUGCACUGAUAAUGCACUUUGAAGAUGGGAGGGGUGGAAGCAGGACCGCUUCAGAGGGUCCCCUGCCCUGCAGGGCCUUUCCACCCAUGUGCCCCGGAAGGGGCUGUGGCCACCGGCUCUGGCUGUGUAGGGGAGGGUGGGGUGCGUGCAUGUCCCCCACCCUCCACAGUCUUCCUCGCCUUUAGGGUGACUCUGCAGGGUCACUCAGCCAAAUCUGUCUGCUGCUCCCUCUCCUCAGCCCCCUGGGUAAGCCCAGAGCCUGUCCUGGAGUCCUUUCGUUAGCCCUGCGUUCAGCCUUCCCAAACACCAGUACUGGAUGUCCCGUGAUUGAUUUUGCUCCUCUUCCACGUUUUUCCCCAACACCCAUGAAUCAGAAUCCCAUUCAUGGGAGAUAGGAGCUUUUCCGUGUCCUAAGCCCUUACAUGCCAGCUGGAGGACAGAAGGCAAGGUGCCCCGGUGUGGGAUGCAUCUGUUGCUGGACCUGGCACAUCCCUGCUUGCACUUCCAGGUGCCCCGCCCCCCCCUUUAUUUAUUUGAGCCUCAUGGGGACCUGCCUCAGUGAGAGCUGGGGAGGGGGAGAAGGGGUUAGGAAAAACAGAGUCGAGUUGCAGCCAAGAGGGUAACAGAGUCUGUCCUGGUUCCUUUUGGAAACAUGCAAAUAAAGGCAGAAACCAGCACCCGUUGGUGGCACCCAUCUCCUACCUGGGGUCUGGACACGGCCAGACCAGUUUCUGCUACCAACGUGCUCAUCCCAGGGAUCGUUUCUUGGGAGACUCACUUAACUGGUGCCAGUUCUGAAGCCAGAGACAAAGUCCCUGUGUUUGUCCAUUUUGUUACCCGAUCUUUAUGUGUAAGGCCCUCCCCUUGGUCUUUCCCCUCCAAUCCCUACAAUUGGUGAACUUUGGGUUAUGUAUUUGGUUGCUAGAGACUUUGCACUGCACCAAAAUAGCAUACUGGUGGUGUUGGGGUGGGCGGCUCCCGGACACUGGGAGCUAGAACUGUGGGGAUUUCUCAGCCAGGCCAUCCAUUGUGGGAUGCCCUUGAGGCAAAACGGAGCCUUAGUGGUACCUGCCGCAAAUGGAUAUGGUGAGGCGAUGAUGUUUGUAAGCCCCUGACAUGUAAGGUUUGAGCCCUGGGCAUUGCCUACUGACCAUGGCCUCUUGCCUCUUGCCUCUGUGUGCAGGUGGCCCCUGAUGCUGGGCUCUGGACCCUCAGCAGGGUAGGAAAGAGAGCAGAGGCCAAUCCUGAGUUUUCUGGAAUUUGUUUCUUUAACUUGAAUUUUGAAUUGCUUCUGGAGCUUUCUCCUGUGUACCUUCACUCUUCCCCUUACCCUGAGGCCUCCUCGGUCUUUGUGUGGGACACACAUAAACUUGAUUGGGAGCAGAGCCUUAGGUCAUGCUCCUCUAGCCUACAAACUCUCCAAAUGUUGCUUCAGUGUCCUGUAUUGUGGAGUAUUUCCCUGGGGAUGUUGUAGGACCGCUUGCAGGCUCCCUGUGUUUGCUGCCUGGAUGCUGGAAUGGGGAGAGCAAUAGAGCUGGCUCCGGUGAUACGUAUGGUCACUGCUCACUCUCUCUCUCUCUCUCUCUCUCUCACUCUCUCUCUCUCUCUCUCUGUAACUGAUAAAGUCCCAACCUGGGAAUGAAUAAAGGGGUGACCUUGGUUUUCAAUUGCUCCUUGUUUUAUGAGCUCACUGGCACUUUGGUUCAAGCAUCCCCUCGCCCAUCUUGGGUGGGAGGCACUCUUAGUUUGUCGUUGCCUGGGACUUUGCGGUUGUGUCUCAUCUCUCCUUUGCUUUGUUCAGUGAAGACUGUAAGAGAUGAUUUUUGCCUUCAUCCCCUCACCCCUUGGCUAGAAGGGGAAACAAUGUGAAUCCUAUCCACAGUUCCAGCCAACCAAGUGACUCCCUUUCACUCUUGAUGGGGAGAAGGCCGCAGAUUGUCUGUUCUGUGCCCUUCCCUGGCCUCUCCAUAGCCCCAGUUCCUAAGUCACUAACACAUCUGAAAACCAUUGGCUCCACUGAAUGGCUCCACAUUCAGCCCAAUCCAAACUGUGCUGGCUCUGGACGGUGCUCUGUGCUCUGAUGCAGUUGACCGUUUUCUACUUUUUGUUAUUUUUUUAGGCUGCAGCCUUUUUUUUGGAAGCAGUAGUAUAACUGUCGUAGUGUGUGCUGAAUCGUGGCCACUUGGCAUUGAGAGGUUGAACCCAUUUCUUACUCUUCCAUCCAGAGGGAAGACAAGGGAAGCGUGGGUCGGCUAAGGGUAAAAUUGCACCUGCAAGAGGCAGAAGCGGGGUUAGUGAAGCUGCUUCUGUGAGCUUGCAGGAAAACAAGAGAUCUUCCUCAGCUGCCCCAAACCCCGGCUCUGGUGGGCCCCUGCCUGCCACACUCUCUGCCUCUGUGAAGUGAGGCUUGGUUGGAUAAGGAUCCUGUAUGGUAAUGGCUUUGAGUUGCUUCCUAGGCACUUCUGCUCCCUGGUCUCUGUGGUCAUGAUCAGGAGCAAGCCUUGAAGCUGGGAUCAGGUCCUACAUUGGUGUCGGCCAGCAUUUCUCUCCUGGUCUCUUCCCUCCUCUUCCCUUGAGAACACUGUCCCUUUGCUCUCGGCAGGUGUUCACUACCUGGAAGAUACUGCUCUCUGCUCUUCCUCCUGGAACCUUCGUCUCCUUCUACUGAUUCUAAACAGGAUUAUUCUCUGUUUACCCCCUUGGGGAUCCAGGCCACUGCCAGGGACUGAGUGGAUAUCCCCAUCAUCCCCGUAUGUUAUUUCUAAGAGGCUUUGGUGGAUGCUCUUCACUCCACAUCCUUUAGAAUCCUAAGGGUCUGGUAGUAAUGAUGAAGGUGGCAGUGAUGAUAUCUUACAAUUUGUCAACUCAGAAUAGUGUGACCUUUACAAAAUGGCAUCAUUGUCCUUCUGAUAUACUUGCUGGUGGAGAAAAGGAAAUGCUUAAAGAGGAAGAAAUUCAAGGGAAGAGAAAUUGAAAAGCUGCUUGGACUGGCUGCUGAGGCAGGCACCAAGCUCUUGAGACCUGAACAGGAUGGCCCUAUUCCACCUUCUGCUUUGCUCUCUGGCCUCGGACUCCUCUUUUAGCUCCUCUCAGGUUUCUUUCCUGUAAAAGCAACCAUUACCUGCUUCCCUGUCAAGGGCAACAGAGAACAUGUAUCAGAGCAGGUCAGUGAAGCACGCGGCUCCCUGCUGGCCGUUUGGAUGAAUUGCUGAAUUAACAGUGUGGUUCUCACCACUUUUGCCUCUUAAGAGAUUUGCCUACCGUUUCUUCCUUUGGUUUCUGGAAGAGUAGUGAUUUGGGGUUGGCUUAGCAGGACUCAUGGGGGCUGUGGUCAGGCACAUGCAUUUCUGCAUUUAUGUAGCACCUGGUGUUCAUAAGCAUCCUUUCCCCCACCUACCUUGUCAGGCUGGUCCUCACCACUACUGUCUUAGGAAGGAGGAACCAGGAGAUGGGGAAGCGUGGAGGCGGCACCAGGAUGACAUUUUGGGGUCUCACAUUUUUUAGGAGUCAUUCCCAGAGUCUGCUUUGUUUAGAGACUGGAAUCAGGCCAAUUCCUGGAAGAAUUUUGGUGAGAAGUUCUGCUGGCCCUUGAGACACGUGUCCUGGUGUGAGGUUCCUGACAAGGGCCCCUUUCCCUCAGACCACGGAUGCUCAGGGACACCAUAAGACACCCCAAGGGCACCUAGGUGUGGCUUGUGUCAACACUCUUGUUCUUCAGUCCCCACACUGGAGGGCACCUCCCCACCCCCUGUCCCCCCACAAGGAGGGAGAUACCUCCUGAGCAUCAGUGACUCUUCAAGCUCGCUUUUAACAAAAGCACAGAACAGCAGACUCUGAAUGCCGGACGGCUGUGAGUGGUACGUUUCAGGGAGCCUUGACCUCUUCCUCGUGAGUUCAAAUCAAGCCUAUGCUUUUGACCCAGGUAUGUGAGGGCCCACCUUCAGGCAGGUUAGAAACACUCCAUUGCCUCUUGAAGGAUCUGGGGGAAGCAGCAGAUGUUGCCCUUUCUGAGUGCCAGGCUUUUCCUGAAAGUUUUGCCAGAGACUGUGGACCUGGGUCAGAGGUGAGAGCAGCUUGAAGCACAUUGUGACCAUAAGCAACCAUGGUGGUGGGAGUGGCAGGAAAGUGGUGACCUGAGCUGCCUACGUACUAGUUGUGUGAAGUUACAAAUGUUUCUUCCCCUCUCUGAACCUCUGAGCCCAACCGGGAACUGAGGAUGCUAUCUUCCCUACCUGAAGUACGAAGCCCUUUAACUUUAAAAUGUAUGAUGAUCCUGGAACCCAAGGUCCAACACUGAUGAGCCUCACCUUGCUAGAUGGCUUCCCUUUGUGGAGAAAAGUGUGUGUGUGUGUGUGUGUGUGUGUGUGUGUGUGUGUGUGUGUGUGUGUGUGGUUGUUAAGUCAAAACCAGUCGAAUAUUGGCAGUUUCCUGUGGUUCAACCUACAAGGCCACCUGCCUCUCUCCUUGACUUCAGGCAUGAGGAUGACUUCUUGUCAAGCUGCAUUUAUUCCUAGGAACACAUUCCCAAUGCUCUCUUCUUUCAGACAAACCAUUGCUUUCUUAGAUUAGGAAUCCUAAUUAGUGAAAAUCCACAUUAGAAAGGAAAACCCACUGCUGCUUCUGGGAGUCCUCAGGCCCUAGCACCUUCCUGGCUUCACCUGGACAUUCGCCAUCUCAAGCACUGGCGUUUGAAGGCAGGAUGCAGAGACUGGAGUCCUGGCUAAGUAACAGGAUUCAGGUGCCUAAUUAACCUGACCCAGCUCUGGGCUCCUUCCUGGUUGGCUGUGCAGGCCAGGUGAGCCUCUCCUCAACUCCUUAGACUGUUAACUAUUUUCCAUUUAUCCUGAUGAGAUACAGCACCCCCCUCCUUUGUUCGUUUCUGGUCUUGGGCCCUGGAAGCACCCUGGCCUCCCUAGGCUGCUCAGGGAGCCCUAGCAUUCGUUGUUCUGAAGGUUUCCUUACUCUGGAGCCAGGAGGACUGGUCAUCCUGAUUCUUACUGCCUGUGGCUCCCCAUGCAACCCCUGCCUGUAGCCUUGCCCUGGGUCUUUAGCUCACCACCGCAGCUGGGGUAGAGAAGAGCCAUUGUAUUGAGUUGCAUGCCCUUGGCACCCAUUUGGAGCAAAGAAGGGAGGUGAUGAACUCGUCAACUUUCUCUAGUUUUCCUCACUGUCCAUCCUAAACACACACACAGACACGCACGCCCGCUCGCUCACACACUCACAUGCUUGCACACAGAUUUAAACUAUCUUCUGGAGGUUUAAGAAAAAAGGUUUUACUUGGUUUGCAGAAAUGCUUGCUUUGGGAUUUUUCUCCUUGUUAGAGCCUUUGAGUCCAGGUAAAGUGAAAGUUCACAUAUGUGUUCAUUUUUUUUCUCUGUAAUGAGCUACUGGUCUUUAUCCCUAGGCCUUCCCUGCUCCAGUGUCUUGUCCAUAUGUCCUGACCCUGUGUCCUUGAAUUCCCAUUUUGCUUUGGGAUUUAAGUUAUUGUAAUUUGUCAACAAUAUUUAAAAAUAGAAAAGUCCUGAAGAAAACUUACCAGGUUCUUUUCUUUGGCUUUUUUUUUUUUUCAAGGUACUGUAAAUUGUUAACUAGGGAUGCCAAGCAGGCUUGGUUCAAUGGCUAAACCUCUUACCGUAUUACAGUGUAAUGCUGAUUCAGCCUGGUCCCACCACCAGAGCACACACAGACUUGAAUAAAACUGUUACAACAAUGA